AUAUUAUUAAUGAUACAGCAACUAUAUGUCUGUGGUUUACAAUUUCACAACUAACUUAUGUUACAUGUGCGUUUUCUUUUUAUCUAAAACUGACAUCGGACUGAUUAAAAUCAAAAACAGUGGCGAUUUUCAAAAAACAAUGUCAUUGACACAUCUAGUGUGACUGUCCUGAACAAUUCUGAAUAUGCUUCGGCACUCCUCAUUUGAGUACGUCUGCGCAAUUAACGCCUGCCCGCAUCUUAACUUAAAAAACAAGGCCUACUCCUUUAAGGGAGUUCACCGCUGCAGGAACGACAACAGGGUACUACCGGGUUAUCGCGUCUGCUGGGCAUUUCCUCUACUCAGGGUGUGCGCUGCGGUGUAGAUCCGUAGCCUUGCAGAGCACCGAUGUAUGGUUGAUCGGCGGGGCAUCGGGGCAGUUUUAUUAAGAGGCGCUCCGCCCUAAGCCGACAUUGCACCCGGUGUAAGCGACCCCAAAUGGACUGGUGACCCCAAAUGGCCAUUGAACAGCGGCUGCUGGAGCGAUGCACGUUAAAUGUCCAUAUUAAUUCAGCACACACACUGCAAAAAACGGCGUCAGAUUAUACACUCUGACUGCAUGCUGCACCCACUCGGUGUAGCAAAGCAAUAUAUUUAUGAUACGAUACUGUAUCUGACUGCCGUUAUGUUGGGCAUUUUUUUUAAAUCAAAUAAGUUUAGUUUGAUAAAUGAAACCCAGUCUUGUGAAAAAUAAGCCAACACUGCAGCUAUUGUUCACCGCUUACAAGUUCUGGUGGACUUUUGUGCAAUCCUAUCACUUUCUCCUGGUAUGUUCAUUUAACUCACGAACGGGUGCUUGAAAGUGGUUAUACGGCAGCUUGUGAUGUUUGCCCUGCCGAGGUUCCUGCGCUUCCUCCGGUCGAGAGGCUCGCCGGUUCCGCCCAGGUAUUUCUCCGGCGCACAUGGGACACCGAGCCGCCCCCCUUACACUAAGCGGCUUCGGGUUCUGGUGGACAUGGACGGCGUAAUUGCGGACUUUGAGGGUGGAUUUCUGAAGAAAUACCGUGCCAAGUACCCCAACGAGCCCUACAUCAGCCUGGAGAAUCGGAGAGGAUUUUGGGUCUCGAACCAGUACGGGGAACUGAGAAGGGAUCUCUGUGAGAAGGCCAUCAGCAUUUGGGAAUCAAAGAACUUCUUCAUAGACUUGGAGCCUCUUCCAGGAAGUGUGGCUGCAUUGAAGGAGAUGUCCAGCAUGGAAAAUACAGAUGUCUUCAUUUGCACUAGCCCAAUAAAGCAAUACAGCUUCUGCCCAUUUGAGAAGUAUGCCUGGAUAGAGAAACAUCUUGGCUGGGAGUUUGUGGAGCAGACCAUACUGACCAGGGACAAGACGUUGGUGUCCGGGGACCUGCUCAUCGACGAUAAGCCAGACAUUCUUGGCGUUGAACCCAACCCCACCUGGGAGCAUGUUCUUUUCACUGCCUGCCACAACAAGGACCUGCCCCCUUGCCCCUCCCGCCGUCGCCUGCUCUCCUGGUAUGAUGACUGGCGUGCCAUCCUGGAGAGCAAGCAUAGCUGCUCACCAUCAUAACCUCCUCAUGGGCCAGAGACACAUCCAUUUAUAAAAAGCAUUCAUCACAAGUCGGCAAGGAUAUAGAGAGAUCAUUGUUGGUUCUAGUCCCAAAUCCUACCUGCUUGGAUGCAGGUUUGUAACCUUGGAUUACAGUUGUAGUAUUUUAAAGAAAUGUGGAAUUCCAGAAUGCAAACCUCCACUGCCAAGUCCUGUUGACAACAAAACAAAAAAAAUGCA